AUUGGUGAGGAUGCGUGGUUUUGAUCAGACAUUGCCUAACAAGCAUUAAUCACAUGUUUAAUGAAAUAGUACAUAACCAACGUUGAUCAACAGACCUCGAUCCAGAUAAAUGAAUGAAUAAUAUAUUACAGCGUUGUAAACUCUUUUUGGUUAAAAUUGCCGGGUCGCCGCCCACAUUCCAAAUGUGUUCAUUUACCAGGACAGAACCCUUGAGAUACGCAUCUCAAUCACAAGGGGGUGCUAGAGAGAGCGGCAAAAAAUAACAUGCAAUCAAUGGCAAACAGAGUUGUGAAAGAGCUACAAAUACGCAGGCUCAAAGUGAAUGAGUGGUAAAAACAUUACCAUGGGGGGGGGGUGCUUAAGAAAAAAUCGCAAUAUCUAGAGACCACAACAGUUGCUUAAAAACCAGCACAGCACAAUGUGAUUGUGCCACACAAAACCUCAAUUUGUGUUUCUGUGUUUGACGACACCUUGUUAUGACUAAUUUCGAAAAUAAAACUAAAAGUUUAGUAUUCUGCAGUAUAUUUGCUUUUUUAUUUUUCAGUUGUUGUUGGUUAGGUUCUCUACCUGCUCGGAAGUUUGUUUAAUAUGAUCUCCACUUUGCCACUUUGUUCGAUACAGAUAAUCGCUUUGCUUGUUGUGUCUCUCUCAAUUGCGAGUGCCUGUCGACCUGAUGAAUAUCAUUUCAAUGGGCAGUGUUGUAGCUUGUGCGAAACAGGCAGUCAUGUUUCACAACAUUGCACAGCACUGCAGAAGACAGAAUGCACCCACUGUUCAAAUGGCACAUAUAUAGAUCGCCCCAAUUGGUUAACAGAGUGUCGAUCAUGUAAAGUCUGUGAUUCUGACUUGGGUCUGUUUGUUCGUCACCAGUGUAGCCUUGUGAAAAACACGGUCUGUAGCUGUUUGAAAGAGUUCUUCUGCCUGGAUAGGGACGGGGAAAGCUGCCAGCUGUGCAGGAAACGCAGAGUCUGUCAGCCAGGACAGCGCGUUAAGCAGCAAGGAUCUGAAAACUCUGACACAGUUUGUGAAGACUGCCCCAAAGGGACUUUUUCAAUUGAAGAAAUGUCCCUUUACUGCGCACCCUGGACUGUUUGUAAGUCAGGUGGUAAAAAUGGAAACUCAACAACGGACGUUGUGUGCGAGGAAGAAGCUGCAACACCAUGGACUGCCAUUGCUGUAGUUGGAGCCCUUCUGCUUUUCGGACUCCUCAUUGGAAUUGGGUUCACUACGAAAAAAACAAAUCUUUUGCAGCGUAAAUGCUGUGCAAAUCAUUUAACAGAUUCAAAACCUGACGCUGAACAGCAACCUUUUUCCCCCUGAAGAUUGAAAGCUAGCGCCCGUCUUUACAGAUUUUCACUUAUUAUUCAGCAUUUGAGAAUGUAUUUUAGAAUCUAUGUGUUUUAUGUUUGUAAGAUUAUUUCGUACAAUAUUUAAAGUGGUAAUUAAAAUGCAUUAGAUAACUACACUGUCUGUGAUUUUAAACCUGUAUUAUCUGAGAAACUUCAUUGUGAUUUCAACAAUGUACAGUUUCAAAUGUUUUUUUUUUUUUUUUAAAUGAUGCAAUAUUACCUGAAUGGCUACAACAUCUCCUAGAUAGCAGCACU